UGUCUUCCAAUCGCGGUAUGAGACGUCAGGUGUCACGUGACAUCAUAGCUCAGAAAACAAGCCACUUCCUUACUGCUCAUGUGAUUUGUGUUUUUGUCAUCACAGUGAAGUCAUGUCCAGCGGGUACCAAAUAGUGGUGCAGGGCGAGGCCUCUGAGACAGACUCUGAUGAUGAAGUUUACAUCACCUCCAUGACCGCUCCCCAAACUGCUACCGUCGGAGCUAAGGUUCCUGGGGAGGCGUCUGAAACAGACAGUGAGGGUGAGGAGGAGCAGGCUGGCCGAGCCUCCUCACUGAGCCAGGAGAGCGCUCAGAUACUCAGGAGAGACCUGCCUCCUCUUAUCGUAGUUCGAGACCAUCCUGAUAUACAGUCGAUAGUGGAAGGCAGUCCAAGUCCCACACACAGGCCACAAGGUGACACUCUUUUACAACAGAAGCUGCAGGAAUCUAACAGCUGUCUAUAUUCUGACGUGGGACAGACACUACGGCAGGUUUAUGGCAGUGCCAGUAGAGAGGUGAACAGUGCAACAGCUCAGCUGAAUACUUCGCAGAGCGCCAUCAUCAAUGCCUCCCACAGCAUAAGGUUAAUCCUGGAUGACCUGAAGGCUGUGUCCGAGAAGAUUGACAUCAUCACCAGCUGUCAAAUACUGCCUGAUAUUAACAUCAAUAAUCCAAAUAAUUAUACUGCUCCUGUACCAUAAAGAAACAAAUGAAUAUAUAUUUAUUUAAAAUAUACAUAUCGUCAUGGGUAUAUUUUCAUUUAAUAUAAGAGUAGGAUUCAAGAUGGAAAAAAUAGCAUGUUAGUUUUACUUUUUUAGCAUAUGAAGAAAUAUGUAUAUCUAGCAAUCACACACUUUAUAUGUAUUUGUCUGGCAGGAUUCUCUGUCCUUGUGUCUGGAGCUCCGGGAUAUUGCACGUUGACAUAGAACAUAGGAACAUAUUAACAAUAUCAAUUUUCUUUCCAGCAGUUCUUUGUAAAUAUAAAUAUACCACAACAUAAUCCCUUGAACCAUUGUACAAAGAUUUUUAUAAGGCAUAUCCUUUUCUGUCUUUGCUUUUUUUUCUUGCUCCCUGUGAUAGGUCAAGGAUGCAGACUUGUGCAAGUUUCUCAUACUAUGAUUCAAAUGCUUGGUUCUUUUUUUCCAGUGUGUUAACAUUGUAAAAUAAAUGCAACUAAAUAAUAAAAAAAUGCUUUUGUUGGUAAA